GGCCCGGCCGCUCGCCGUAGCCCGCGCCGCCCGCGGCCGCGCGGAGCCCGGAGCCGCCCGCCCGCGCCCCGGACGCGGGUCUAUGGGAAGUUCGGGGACUUGACAGCCGCCGCCGCCGCAGGCGUUCCUGGUAGCAGAGAGCUGAAGUAAUGAGAAAGCAUCAUGGAGGCCCAGUCCCGCAGUUCCACCACCCCUGAGAAGAAGAAAGUGGAGAAUUCCAUAGUGAAAUGCUCCACGCGAACAGAUGUCAGCGAGAAAGCCGUGGCCUCCAGCACCACUUCCAAUGAAGAUGAAAGUCCUGGGCAGACCUAUCACAGAGAGAGAAGAAACGCAGUCACCAUGCAGCCACAGAGUGUCCAGGGGCUCGGCAAGAUCAGCGAGGAGCCUUCGACAUCUAGUGACGAGAGGGCCUCACUGAUCAAGAAGGAGAUCCAUGGGUCCCUGCCGCACCUGGCUGAGCCCUCUGUGCCGUACCGCGGGACUGUGUUUGCCAUGGACCCCAGGAAUGGUUACAUGGAGCCCCACUACCACCCUUCUCAUCUCUUUCCUGCAUUCCACCCUCCUGUGCCGAUUGAUGCGAGACAUCAUGAGGGGCGUUACCAUUAUGACCCGUCUCCGAUUCCUCCAUUGCAUGUGCCUUCUGCCUUAUCUAGUAGCCCCACGUAUUCAGACCUGCCCUUCAUCAGGAUCUCCCCUCACCGGAACCCCGCUGCAGCUUCUGAGCCCCCCUUCAGCCCUCCGCACCCCUACAUCAAUCCCUACAUGGACUACAUCCGGUCUCUUCAUAGCCCGUCCCUCUCCAUGAUCUCGGCCGCCCGGGGGCUCAGCCCCACAGACGCCCCCCACGCCGGGGUCAGCCCAGCAGAAUACUAUCACCAGAUGGCUCUGCUAGCUGGCCAGCGCAGUCCCUAUGCAGACAUCAUUCCCUCCGCGGCCACUGCCGGCGCUGGGGCCAUCCACAUGGAAUAUCUUCACGCCAUGGACAGCACCAGGUUCCCCAGCCCCAGGCUGUCAGCCAGGCCGAGCCGAAAACGUACACUGUCCAUAUCACCGCUGUCCGAUCACAGCUUUGACCUUCAGACUAUGAUAAGGACAUCUCCCAACUCCUUGGUCACGAUUCUCAAUAAUUCCCGCAGCAGCUCUUCAGCAAGUGGUUCCUAUGGUCACUUGUCUGCAAGUGCAAUCAGCCCUGCCUUGAGCUUCACCUACCCUUCUGCACCCGUGUCUCUCCAUAUGCAUCAGCAAAUCUUAAGCCGACAGCAGAGCUUAGGCUCGGCCUUUGGACACAGCCCUCCACUCAUCCACCCUGCCCCAACUUUUCCAACGCAGAGGCCUAUUCCUGGGAUCCCUACGGUUCUGAACCCCGUCCAGGUCAGCUCUGGCCCUUCCGAGUCCUCACAGAACAAGCCCACGAGUGAGUCCGCGGUGAGUAGCACUGGUGACCUGAUGCACAACAAACGGUCCAAAAUCAAACCCGACGAAGACCUGCCCAGCCCAGGGCCACGGGGUCAGCAGGAACAGCCGGAAGGGACAACCCUAGUGAAGGAGGAAGGGGACAAAGAUGAAAGCAAACAGGAGCCUGAAGUCAUCUAUGAAACAAACUGCCACUGGGAAGGUUGCACGCGGGAGUUCGACACCCAGGAGCAGCUGGUGCACCAUAUAAAUAAUGACCAUAUUCAUGGUGAGAAGAAGGAAUUCGUGUGCCGAUGGUUGGAUUGCUCGAGAGAGCAGAAGCCCUUCAAAGCCCAGUACAUGCUGGUGGUGCACAUGAGGAGACACACGGGGGAGAAGCCUCACAAAUGCACUUUUGAAGGUUGCACAAAGGCCUACUCGAGACUAGAAAACUUGAAAACGCACUUGAGAUCCCACACUGGAGAGAAACCGUACGUCUGUGAGCACGAAGGUUGCAACAAGGCUUUCUCAAAUGCCUCCGAUCGCGCCAAGCACCAAAACAGGACGCAUUCCAAUGAGAAACCGUAUGUGUGCAAAAUCCCAGGCUGCACUAAGCGCUACACAGACCCCAGUUCCCUCCGGAAGCAUGUGAAGACAGUGCAUGGCCCAGAGGCUCAUGUCACCAAGAAGCAGCGUGGGGACAUACAUCCUCGGCCUCCCCCACCACGAGAUUCCGGCAGCCACUCACAGUCCAGGUCACCUGGCCGGCAGACUCAGGGAGCCCUUGGUGAGCAGAAGGACCUCAGCAACACUACCUCAAAGCGGGAAGAAUGCCUCCAAGUGAAAGCAGUCAAGGCAGAGAAGCCCAUGCAGACAUCUCAGCCAAGCCCUGGUGGUCAGUCUUCAUGCAGCAGCCAACAGUCCCCCAUCAGCAACUAUUCCAACAGUGGGCUCGAGCUUCCUCUGACCGACGGCGGGGGUGUGGGAGACCUCGGGGCCAUCGACGAAACCCCAAUCAUGGACUCGACCAUUUCCACUGCCACCACGGCCCUCGCUUUGCAAGCCAGGAGGAAUCCGGCAGGGACCAAAUGGAUGGAACACGUAAAACUAGAAAGGCUCAAACAAGUGAAUGGAAUACUGCCACGACUGAACCCCAUUCUACCCCCCAAAGCCCCUGCAGUCUCUCCUCUCAUAGGAAACGGCACUCAGCCCAGUACCAGCUGCAGUUUGGGCGGGCCCAUGACUCUGCUUCCGAACAGAAGCGACCUUUCUGGUGUGGACAUCACCAUGCUGAACAUGCUCAACCGGAGGGACAGCAGCACCAGCACCAUCAGCUCCGCCUACCUGAGCAGCCGGCGCUCCUCGGGCAUCUCCCCCUGCUUCUCCAGCCGCAGGUCCAGCGAGGCGUCCCAGGCCGAGGGCCGGCCCCAGAACGUGAGCGUGGCCGACUCGUACGACCCCAUCUCCACGGACGCGUCGCGCAGGUCCAGCGAGGCCAGCCAGUGCGAGGGCCUGCCCAGCCUGCUCAGCCUCACGCCCGCGCAGCAGUACCGGCUGAAAGCCAAGUACGCGGCGGCCACGGGCGGGCCGCCCCCCACGCCGCUGCCCAACAUGGAGAGGAUGAGCCUGAAGACCCGGAUGGCCCUGCUCGGCGACGGCAGAGAGCCCGCGGGGGCCCUGCCCCCCGUCCACCCUCCGCGGAGGUGUAGCGACGGGGGCGCCCACGGGUCGGGCCGCCGCCCUCUACUGCCCCAGGACGUGCUGGGCAACGGCGUGAGGAGGGCCAGCGACCCGGUGAGGACGGUGUCCGAGAGCCUCUCCCUGCCCCGCGUGCAGCGGUUCAGCAGCCUCCACGGCUUCGACCCCCCGGGUUUGCCCCCAUCCCUGGACAAGCGGAACUUAGUGCUUCAGAACUACACUCGGCCCGAGGGCGGCCUGCCCCGCCACUUCCUGCCGUCUCCCUGCCCUCCGAGCAUCACUGAGAACAUCACCCUGGAGUCCCUGACCGUGGACGCCGACGUGAACCUGAACGAUGAGGAUUUCUUGCCCGAUGACGUGGUGCAGUAUUUGAAUUCCCAGAACCAAGCGGGGUACGAGCAGCACUUCCAAAGCGCCGUCUCUGACGACGGCAAAGUGCCCCCCGGGCCCGGCUUGGGGAGCAGGCCCGGGGACUUUGAGCCUCCGGGGCUGCCCGACGGCCACGCCGGCCAGCAGUACCGCCGGCUGGAGCAGCCCUGCACCGAAGCCAGCAAAUCCGACCUGCCCAUUCAGUGGAACGAAGUCAGCUCCGGCAGCGCCGACCUGUGCUCCUCCAAGCUGAAAUGCGGCCCGCGGCCCGCGGCGCCGCAGCCGCGAGCCUUCGGCCUCUACGGCAACCCGGGCGCACACCCACAGGAUGCCUUGAGGAGCGGAGCUGGCCCAGCCGGGGCCUACCAGAGCCUCGCAGAGCCCGGCAGCUCCUACGGCGGCCCCGAGCACAGCGGAAACGCCUUCCACGCACAGCCCUACAAGGCCCAGCAGUACGGGAACUGCCUCAACAGGCAGCCGGGGGCGCCCGGCUUGCCGGACGGCGUCUGCGGGGCCGGGAUUCCAGCGGCAAAGCUGAAAAGCACCUCAGCGCAGGGAACCGGGAGCCAGCCAGAGUUUGGCCUGUCGCCGGGGGUGCCCGGCGAGUCCGCGGGCGCCGCGGUGAGUGGCAUGGCCACCCAAGACCUGGUGGGACAGGGGUACCUGGCCCAUCAGCUCCUCAGCGACAGCGUGCACCACCCAGGGGCCGGCCGCGGCGCUCAGCAGAUGCUAGGGCAGGUUAGUGCUACCUCACACCUCAACGUCUAUCAAGGGCCGGAGAGCGGCCUGCCGGGGCCUCCCUGCAUUGGCAGCCAGCCGGCAGGCUUGGCGGCCGCCAGGGGCUACCAGCCGUGUGCCGGCUACGGGGGAGGCCGGCGCCAGGCUGCACUGAGGGGCAGCCUCUCUCUGCAGCAGGGACAGCUCAGUGACACAAGUCAGACCUGCAAGGUGAACGGCAUCAAGACGGAGAUGCAAGGGCAGCCCCAUCAGCUGUGUUCUAACGUGCAGGGUUACUCUGGUCAGUUCUAUGACCAACCCGUUGGCUUCGGUCAGCACGACAUGAAGACUGGUUCCUUCAACAUCUCGGAAGCCAACUGCCUGCUACAGGGGGCCAGCGCCGAAAACUCUGAAUUACUUUCCCCGGGUGCUAACCAGGUGACCAGCACGGUUGACGGCCUUGACGGCCAUGACCUGGAAGGGGUGCAGAUUGAUUUUGAUGCCAUCAUAGACGACGGGGACCACGCCAGCCUGAUGUCAGGAGCCCUGAGCCCCAGCAUCAUUCAGAACCUUUCCCUUUCCUCCUCCCGCCUCACGACGCCCCGCGCGUCCCUCCCGCUGCCCGCGCUGUCCGUGAGCACCACCAACAUGGCCAUCGGGGACAUGAGCUCCUUGCUGACCUCCCUCGCGGAAGAAAGCAAAUUCCUUGCGGUUAUGCAAUAGGGCGUUAGGGGAGAAGGCUGCCAACCAACGUGAAACUUUAGGAGUUUAAAAGAUUAAAUGGACUCAGUUUUUUUGUUUUUUUGUUUUUUGGGUUUUUUUUUUUUGCUGUUUUUUUGUUUUGUUUUGUUUUGUUUGUAGUUCUGUAUGUAUUUUAGCAAUCUCAUCUCACCUAACUGGGAUGUGUUUCAAGUAUAUUCCUUUUAUGGAAAAGGACUCUGAACAACCCUAAAGUAUUCUAGGGAGAAACUGUCUUCCAUUUCAGUUUUGAAUCAGUAUUGUUACACUAGAACCAUCCUCUUUUUUUUUUUUAAACUAUAAGCCCAUCCCCCUUUCUAGUAAACCAGUGUAAAUGUGCGAUGUGCAUGUUCUCAUUUCUUUUCAAAGAGAGGUCAGACGAAAGGAUUUGAUGUUUCUCUGUUACUCAAAGGAAAUAGGAGUUGGUGUGCUUUUUGACCGAGGGCUGAUGCUUCCAGCUUUUCAAAUUUCCCUUUACAUGUGCUCUGUGUUUGUUUUUGGUUUUUUGGAGGGUUUUCGUUUUGUUUUGUUUUUGUUUUUGGUAAUUCCCACACUGGGCACAAGAAUCAGAAUAAGGAUAGUGAGUUUAAGAAUCUCUGGUGGGGGCGCUGUAGCAGAGAUAACCGAUUUUUUUUUACCUGCUCCCCCUCCUCGCCCCCCCCCCCCAGUUCAGGUCAGGGCAUGCUUUCAACACUUGCACACAGCGGGAAUUUGGGGCUCUGGCAGAUGAACUAGUUUGUUCACGGUUGGGGUUUAGAAUUCUCCUGUCCGUGAGUGCACUCAGGGCAGGUACGUCUACACGCUCAACUCCUCAGUUAUCUGUCUUGCUUUUUCUCCCUCCGUCCCCAUGACCGUUCGAUGCUGUUCCGCGCUCCAGGGAGAGAGGGGAAGGGCCAUGAGUUUGCUACUUGCAUUUGUCCUGACGAGAAGUUAGGUAGAUUGUAGAGUGAAGCUACUGGGUAGAAAUAGUUGGGGGAACAUUUGUGGGUUUGCUGUAUUUGUUAAUGAUAGUUCCAUCUCUUUACCCAUUGUCAUAGGUAACUGAGAAUUGAUUAUAUAUAGUUCCAAGUAUAUAGGUAUUGAAACAAGCCGGCAGCCGCCUAUGUCAUUGCCAUAUAUUAAUUCCACUGUAGUGAAGGAGUAUUUCUAUUCUAAGUGCCCUAUUUUAAGGGAUUGAUAAAACUUAGUUGUGAAAGAAAAAGCUCACAUAUGAUGACCUUUGGAAUAAAUCCCUUUAACAAUUGUUAGUGUUUAAGAGCACUGGGGAGGAGGGUUAGUAGCUGUGUGGAUGGAUGCCUUUUCUUACACCCAGUCUAUUAAACGAUGCAUCCAUUUAAGAAGUUAAAUGUUCUAUGCAGUUAGUCCUGAAUGUGGACUUAAUUGGUACUUUCGUUUUGGAUUAAAACAUUUUAAAGACUAAAAGGAGUACAGCUACUUCCCAUGUGCAGUCGAUACACAUAAAAGACAUACUAUGUGUGCACAGAGUACAUGGAUUAUCCAGCAUUUCACAUUUACAAAUAUGUAAACUAUUAAUAAUAAAAUAUUAACACCUCAGACUACCUGCUCCUUUUUUCCCAUUGACCCUGGAGUUGGAUUUAUCCAGAGUGAUUCAUGAGUCAAUUGGGUGGCUUUUUCCCUUUAUUCCUGCCAUUUGAAUUAGUAUUAGUCAAAGUCAAGUAAAAUAAAAUAAUAGGUCAUAGGAAAACAAAAUGUUAGAUCCAGCCCGUUUUUCUCAGUUUGUGUUCUCUCAUUUGGACCAAGAAUCUCAGCGUGGAGGUAAACGUGCCCUUUGGGACUUUGUGGCUAACAAAGUUGGGUUUGCUUUCAAUUGGAUGUUCCUGAAAUCAAGAGGGAUGUUGAGACCCUUCCCGCCCACAGCCAGCACCUACUUUUAGGUCAAAGGAUGCAUCUGCUGUGGAACAGAGCCCCAAAGCAAAAGACGGCUACUGAUCUGAGCUCAGUGGAGUGGAGUCUACCAAGUUCCAACAGAAAAGAGCCAGGCUUUUUCCUCACACAGGUCAGGAUCCGGUCACAAAAUCAGCGAUCCAUUCCCCGAGUCUCCUUUUUCCACAAACCCGAGCAUCUCCAGGUCUUGAUCUUACAUGCUCUCACGGUUUGGUCUGACCCCCGUCCUCCCUCUGUCUCAAAGCUUGGGUCCUGGGCGUUCUCCCGUCUCCUGAGUGAGGAUGGCGGGUCCCUGGCACCACGCGGCCCUCCCCAGUAAAAUUCCCAGAGGCGACCUCCAUUUCUCAGUUACCAUCGUUUCCUACGUCACCCUCGUCCUUCGUGGAAGGAUGGACGGCAGCUGGGUGAGGACCAUUGUCAUCUUGUGCCUGUUUUCCUUCACCUCUUCUUUUCCUACUUUUACCUUCUACCCUUAGAUUUGCAGGAAAUACUCUUGCUUCAGCUCCACAUUUGGCUUCUCUCCAUGGAAAUCUCAGAAAGAGGGGGACAAGGGGACAGGGAGGAAGAAGGCAUACUUUUCCGGGAGAGCAGUGAUGCUGGACAGUCAGUGGAAGGAGGGUCUGUCGGGGCCACAUACAAGUCUGUGGACUUGGUGUCAGCCGGGACAGGACCCACCCCAGCCUCCAACCUUCUCUCUGCUUUCCUGCCCGACGCGUUGAGGGAGACAGCAGCAACUGCCUAGUUUCACAUCCCGCCUUUCAAUGCAGGCUCGUACAUGGUCCUCCUGUUGAACAUCUGUGUUCACCAUAGUUUCACAGGUUAAACCAUUCCGUGUUCUUUUCUGGAGAGCUGACGAGACUGCACCCUGCUCCUCAUAUAUUGGCUCAUCCUCUCGAGCCGCAGUUGUGAUUCUUGCGAUGUAUGUGCCUUAUUUUAUGUUAAUCUCGUCGAUGCGAGGGACCAGUUGGUGUCGCCCGAUGGAUGGACCGGGGCUCCGGGCCGCGCGCUCCCCGGCCGGCCGCGAGCACACGAUUGUAGCCGAGUCUGAGCUGUCUUGUAACCCGGUUUCCCGUGUUGUUUUGAACUGAUGGAGGAUGUUCUCUUCUGACAAGUUACCGUUGUGUAUCCUGCAAACGUGUAAAAUAAGAUACAAGUUCAUUUUUUUCGCCUUUUUUAGAUUUUUAAAAAAAUAAAACGUGUAAUCCUUUUUUAAAAGAAAACACCUGUAAAUACAUUUAAGGAUUGUAGGCGUAGUGUUCGGAUGUGGCCGGCCCGGGGCCGUCUCGGAUCAGCCUGCAGCCGUGCGGUGAGGCCCCCAAGCCCACCUCAUGCCCAGGGCUGCGGUCCCGCCACGCGUGGACUCUACUUUUGCUUUCAGAACCACCUACUCCUUUUGUAACAAAAAGAAAGAACCAUGUUUCUUACAAUGUCAAUAAAAAACGCUUUGUACUGAAA